ACCGCCCACCCCAUCCGCACCCGCACCCGCACUCGAACGCAGGACGCCCAGCCCCCUGGUAAGAAUCAUGGCAAAUAACAGAAAUGGCCAAAAUAACGAAAUGGCCGGGCUUGUAUACCAUACAGACCCAGGAGAGGGAUAGGUUCACUGGACGAGCGAAAACUAGGUCACAGAAGGAAAGGUGUGUCUUCGGCGAAUCUUUGCGACACUGUCGUGUUUCAGUGGUUCCGUGCCGUAAAGAGAGGCCGGGAGCUGCCCCUAGCCGAGGCAGCAGCGGACGUGAGCGAUAAUGGCGGAUAUGGAGGAUCUCUUCGGGAGCGACGCCGACAGCGAGGCUGAGCGUAAAGAUUCUGAUUCUGGAUCUGACUCAGAUUCUGAUCAAGAGAAUGCUGCCUCUGGCAGUAAUGCCUCUGGAAGUGAAAGUGAUCAGGAUGAAAGAGGUGAUUCAGGACAACCAAGUAAUAAGGAACUGUUUGGAGAUGACAGUGAGGAUGAGGGAGCUUCACAUCAUAGUGGUAGUGAUAAUCACUCUGAAAGAUCAGACAAUAGAUCAGAAGCUUCUGAGCGUUCUGACCACGAGGACAAUGACCCCUCAGAUGUAGAUCAGCACAGUGGAUCAGAAGCCCCUAAUGAUGAUGAAGACGAAGGUCAUAGAUCGGAUGGAGGGAGCCAUCAUUCAGAAGCAGAAGGUUCUGAAAAAGUACAUUCAGAUGAUGAAAAAUGGGGCAGAGAAGAUAAAAGUGACCAGUCAGAUGAUGAAAAGAUACAAAAUUCUGAUGAUGAGGAGAGGGCACAAGGAUCUGAUGAAGAUAAGCUGCAGAAUUCUGACGAUGAUGAGAAAAUGCAGAACACAGAUGAUGAGGAGAGGCCUCAGCUUUCCGAUGAUGAGAGACAACAGCUAUCUGAGGAGGAAAAGGCUAAUUCUGAUGAUGAACGGCCGGUAGCUUCUGAUAAUGAUGAUGAGAAACAGAAUUCUGAUGAUGAAGAACAACCACAGCUGUCUGAUGAAGAGAAAAUGCAAAAUUCUGAUGAUGAAAGGCCACAGGCCUCAGAUGAAGAACACAGGCAUUCAGAUGAUGAAGAGGAACAGGACCAUAAAUCAGAAUCUGCAAGAGGCAGUGAUAGUGAAGAUGAAGUUUUACGAAUGAAACGCAAGAAUGCGAUUGCAUCUGAUUCAGAAGCGGAUAGCGACACUGAGGUGCCAAAAGAUAAUAGUGGAACCAUGGAUUUAUUUGGAGGUGCAGAUGAUAUCUCUUCAGGGAGUGAUGGAGAAGACAAACCACCUACUCCAGGACAGCCUGUUGAUGAAAAUGGAUUGCCUCAGGAUCAACAGGAAGAGGAGCCAAUUCCUGAGACCAGAAUAGAAGUAGAAAUACCCAAAGUAAACACUGAUUUAGGAAACGACUUAUAUUUUGUUAAACUGCCCAACUUUCUCAGUGUAGAGCCCAGACCUUUUGAUCCUCAGUAUUAUGAAGAUGAAUUUGAAGAUGAAGAAAUGCUGGAUGAAGAAGGUAGAACCAGGUUAAAAUUAAAGGUAGAAAAUACUAUAAGAUGGAGGAUACGCCGAGAUGAAGAAGGAAAUGAAAUUAAAGAAAGCAAUGCUCGGAUAGUCAAGUGGUCAGAUGGAAGCAUGUCCCUGCAUUUAGGCAAUGAAGUGUUUGAUGUGUACAAAGCCCCACUGCAGGGUGACCACAAUCAUCUUUUUAUAAGACAAGGUACUGGUCUACAGGGACAAGCAGUCUUUAAAACGAAACUCACCUUCAGACCUCACUCUACGGACAGUGCCACACAUAGAAAGAUGACUCUGUCGCUUGCAGAUAGGUGUUCAAAGACACAGAAGAUUAGAAUCUUGCCAAUGGCUGGUCGUGAUCCCGAAUGCCAGCGCACAGAAAUGAUUAAGAAAGAAGAAGAACGUUUGAGGGCUUCCAUACGUAGGGAAUCUCAGCAGCGCCGAAUGAGAGAGAAACAGCAUCAGCGGGGGCUGAGUGCCAGUUACCUGGAACCUGAUCGAUACGAUGAGGAGGAGGAAGGCGAGGAGUCCAUCAGCUUGGCUGCCAUUAAAAACCGAUAUAAAGGGGGCAUUCGAGAGGAACGAGCCAGAAUCUAUUCAUCAGACAGUGAUGAGGGAUCAGAAGAAGAUAAAGCUCAAAGAUUACUCAAAGCAAAGAAACUUACCAGUGAUGAGGAAGGUGAACCUUCUGGAAAAAGAAAAGCAGAAGAUGAUGAUAAAGCAAAUAAAAAGCAUAAGAAGUAUGUGAUCAGUGAUGAAGAGGAAGAAGAAGAUGAUUGAAGUAUGAAAUAUGAAAACAUUUUAUAUAUUUUAUUGUACAGUUAUAAAUAUGUAAACAUGAGUUAUUUUGAUUGAAAUGAAUCAAUUUGCUUUUGUGUAAUUUUAAUUGUAAUAAAACAAUUUAAAAGCAA